AAAAGGCCGUCCACGUGACACAUCUAUAUUUAGUAACUGCUUUGUGGAUAUGACGUCAACAAUGAUUCUCAGAACAAAACUGACAUGCAGUGAAUGACGUGUACGUUUUCUGAAGUGCAGUACCUGCAGCUGCUGUGUGCAUGUGGGACUUGAUACACCGUAUCGUGUAACAUCAACACGUAGAUAUUGCCUUAGUUGAUACUGAGCCCCCCUUGUCAUCAUGAUUGAAGUCAGCGCACAUUUGACGAGAGGCCUAACAUUCCUUGCUAGGGAGGUCUUGGAAUGCAGCGUUACGUUCACAUGUUCUGCUAGUAGCACUAGCAGUGUGGAAUCCCUCGCUUGGGCCAGUGCCCAGCUACAUUGUCAGUGUCACAUCAGUGGCUCUAAAGUCAUCCUGCCCAAGAUGCCCGCCGACGAAAAGUCCGAGGAGUUGGAGAUGCUGCAGAGUUCCGUCAACACAAGCCUGGCUCCUAGCAGGGGAGAAAAAGGCAACUGCAUUCUCUCAACGGAGCCCAAGAUUCUUUUCUGUGAUCUGAAGCUGAAACCUGGUGAAAGAAAAACAUUCUUUUAUCGUGAGACCAUUCCCAGCGACGCACCCCCCUCAUAUCGUGGUCAAGCCGUCAAGUAUUCCUACAAGGUCACCAUAGGCAUGCAGCGAGUCAACUGCCCCAUCAAACUACUUCGAGUGCCCUUCAGAGUUCUGGUGCUUUACGGUCUUGGUGACACCAGCUUACUGGAACAAGAUGACCAGGCUGCCUCCAGUAAUCCCUUCCUUGCCGAAGAGAGAACCCAGAAUUCUCUCCUUGAUCUUGCCAUCCAAGUGUUGAACACAGUCACCUCAAGGAAACGCCCAAAUUCUUAUAACAUUAAGAAUUCGGAUGGCUCCGUGGCACGGUUCUGCCUGUUCAAGCCUGCUUACAAGCUGGGAGAAGACAUCAUUGGUACCAUUGAGUUCCCAGCAGGCUGCACGGUCCCAUGCAUUCAGUAUUCUGUGGUUCUUCAAAGCGAGGAGCACAUAGCAGAGGAAUGUCGACGCAAGCCUCAUCAGGGUGUAUCCAUGUCAUCUCACGGCCGACACCAAGAAUUCUGCCUUCACAUGAGCAAAUCACACAUGGUCCUGCCUAUCCCACUCCACGUCACUCCAGGGUUCAUAACAGACAUAGUUUGCUUGAAAUGGAGGCUCCACUUUGAGUUCAUCACGGCCAAGGAGCCGCUGCCUGAUCAUGUGAUACCAGCCGACCAAUCAGAGAGUGCCCUGUGGCAGGGACCACAGAAUCUGAAUGUCGACACGCUAGUCUGGAAUCUGCCUAUCAAGAUUCUGCCAACCAACCCCAUGCACGCCUCCACGAGUACAACACUGGUGACCAAGACCCCAGCCGCUGUAACAGUGUGAGCACUGUGACCAUGCACCGACUUGUUGUAAGUUGCCCAUUAGUGGGCAAGGCUGACUGUAGGGGGCGCUGUAUCUCCUUCUCAUGACAGCCAUUGAAGGACACGCAUGUGAACAGUGGUUUGUGCAUGCAAGUGACACAGUUUUGGCAAGGACCAUUAGUCCGCCAGCGGUUAAGUUGUGACGUAACUUAGGCCUGCGCAUUAAUAGCAACAUGCGAACGCCUCUAGUCAAACGAUGGUCAAAACGUCAGCACAAAACUUCUUGGUCCUGGCUCCCUGCUGUGCUUUAUGAAGGGCACGGCUAUUGGUAACCAGUGAUGGAACCGUGAACUGUGGUCCGGUUUCAAAUAGUCAUCUAGAGUAGUCCAACCAUCCUUCUUUUUGAGUGAAGUUAGUUGAACCAUGGUUAAUUGUAAAUCGAGUCCGAACUUGCUUAUAAAUUGGACUGAAUCUGUUUAAAAGGCAUCUUCAUUAGAGGAAUACUUCUGGGCAUGGACUCGCAGAAGAAAAUGGCAAUGAUGUUUUGGAUUGACAUUAAGUGCAAAUUGGUGGAUGGAGUUCAUAUUAUUUAAAAUAAUCUUGUCUUUUCUACUAGUGACAUGCUUACUGAACUGGAUCAAGUGAGACCAGUUUUUUUAACCAUUCAAUUUUAUCUUAAUUAUUCAAUUAUAUAAUUGUGUUAAUGGCAUGGAGAGUUUCUCCCAAGUGCCCAUAUUGCUUCAAACCGAGAAACAGUUAUAAAUUCACCCUUUAUUUACCCUAAGAACUCAACCCAUCAAACCCCAACGGCAUGUUUUGUUGGAAUCUGUCAGGAUGGGUACAGUACCCCUAAACUGACAGUCUUUUACAUUGGGUUGGCACACCUCCAGAAUCAAAGUCAGAAAUAUAUGUGUGCAGUUUCCCAUAUGGUGUUGGAAUCUGCCAGGAUGGGUAUGGUUCCUAGUAAAUCAUGCUAGGGAGUUAGGGUUAAAAGCAAUCAUGGAACAUAACUUGUAUCAUAUCGUCAUAUUUCUUAAGAGAACUUAUUUCUUAAGAGGACUUAAAUUUCUUGGAAAUUCAACUUUAUUCCUUUACACAUUGCUUACAAAGAUUGACACUGGGAUCAUUAUUACCCGAUCAUAUUUAUUGGUAAAAGGGAGGAAUGUUAUUAAUACAAUUUUCUUUUUCAUGUUUGUUACCUUUUGUGUGCUGAUAAUUUCAUGUCAAGGGGAAAAUUUCACGGCAAAGUAAAGAAACACCACACAGCAGAAUUUAUAUGCUAAAUGGAAUUUUUAUUAUACACUUGCAUAUUUUUUAUACAGCAUAAAUGCUUCACAUUAACGGAAAUUAAAUUAUUUGUACAAAUAAAAACAACAUGGGGGAUAGAUAAACCCAUUCA